UCAAAAGUCCUUACUAUAUUUGAAAUUGGAAGUUGUCUUUAUUGUAAAUCUGAAGAUUCUGAACCACUUUUCUGAUUGGAUUCUUUUUUUGAUAUUUUCAUCAUGAGUUCUUUUCCAUGAGAAUUGGAUGUUGAUGCAUGUUUUUGCUGGUUUAUCUUCUGUUUUUCCUUUCGAAGCACCCUUUUUUGGCUGGUGCACUGAUCUGCAUUGGCCGGUAGCUAGUGUUUCACUGACUGAAGUAGUCACUCUUAAAGCUAAAUGUAACACCCCAAUCCCAGAUUGGGAACAGGAAUAACCCACAUCAAAUGGGUUAGUUCUAAAGGUAGUCAUGGGUGCUAAGUCUCACAUUGCUACUUAUUAGGUGAAACUAGGCUUUAUAAUUGAUUCUAGGGAAGAUUUAUAUUGAGUAAUUUUUUUACAUAUUAUAGUGUAUAUUGGUCACUUUUCCUAGGUCAUUACUCUAAUUGUUCUCUUGUUGUGUUUGUAUCUGAGCAUCACCCCCAAAAAAUGAUCCAUCAAUAUUUAUUGAUUAUAUCCUUGUAUGUCGAUAUAAGGCCAAGUGCUUCCUGUGCUCCCAGGAUCCUAAUGGUUUUAUUGACGAGAAGUGUGAAAGCAGACUUUACAUUGGUAACCUUGAUUUGAGAGUAACAGAGGCUGCUCUGAUUAAGAUGUUCUCUCCCUUUGGGAAGAUUGUAUCUGAAGAUUUCCUGUGGCAUACUCGUGGCCCAAAACGCGGAGCACCAAGGGGUUUUGCUUUCGUCCAGUAUAGUACGAAAGAGGAAGCUAAAUUGGCCAAGGAGAAGAUGCAUGGGAAAUUAGCUUGUGGCCGCCCAUUGGUUGUCCGACUGGCUAGUGAGAAAUACUUGGUGGAAACAGCUGAGAAGUCUUCCAAAGGAAUGGGUGAGUCAAACAAGCCAAGUCUUUCUGGUAGUAAUUCAGGACAAAUGAGUCGUGGGGCUAAAAUAGCUGCAAUCAGGAAUAAAUUAAAAGCUUUGGAGGAGGAGGAGAGCUCAGGUGGAAAGAAGCAGAAGCUGGGGGAAAGCAUAUCCUGCAGUGAAAAGCUGGAUCUCCCCUCUGGCAACAGAUAAUUGGGAAUUAUAAUUAGGAGCCGGAAAUUUAUCAAAGUGAGAGUUCUGCGAAACCUCACUACCCAGUCACGGAACCUAGUGAGGCAUUAGCAUGAUCGAUUUGCUGAAAUGGAAAUGAUUUCAUGUCAUAGUAAUACUGUAUAAUGGUGACAUUAUCAAUGCAAUGCUUUUUUGUAUCAA